UUAUUCGAACAAAAAUUAGUUCAAAUCUUCUAGUGAACAUUCUACUUCGAAAGUGCUCAGUUAAACUCUCAAAAUGUUUCGUUUAAGCGUUUUUGCCAUUUGUUUGGUUUCGGCUCUUGCUUUAAACUGUGUUGAGUGUUCGGACAAGGCUUUGGAAUCGAAAAUCGAAUUCAAUUUCGUGCAAAAUUUGACCGAUUUCUUGGCCGCCAACCCAGGCAUUCAGUUGGAACAAUUAGAUAAAGAAGUGAGCUAUGACGGUCCAUCAUCAAGAAUUCAACUUACACACCGGUUGGGAAAUCGUAUUAAUGGCGACCGCCUCUUGGCAACCGACUCAGCCAGCCAGCAAUGGGCUCAACCACAAGACGUUCGACUAAAUUUAAACUACCCAAAGUCUGGAUAUGCUGAGAUCAUCACAUACCUUGAAGUCAUCACUGAACAGAGUACGAAUUUGGGCAACGCUUAUGUCGUCUCCGGAGGCAUUGGACAAAGACGAAUCUCCGUCGUUAUUGAAGCAAAACGUACUCUCUACUGGCAAUACAGAGCAUCGAUUUUCGGCUAUUAAAUCAUUUGGAUACUUUGGCAUUCCACUUCCUAGCAUGUGUAACAGACAGAAUUUGUUCCGAAUGUUAAUUUCAAACUGGUAAAAAUAAAAUAAUUCAUAAACGCAAA